AUGGCGGAUGAGGCUCUCAGGUUGGGCGACGCGAGCGCCGAGAAGGUGGAGCAAGACCUCGCGUCCCACAUGGGCUUGCUCGCGAUUCGGCUGCUGCUGGCGUCGGCGAUGGCGACAGUGCGGGCGUAUGAGGACAUCGAGGCGCGUCGCGGCCGGGAUGGUGGCGAUGUCCGGGACGUGCGCUGCUGCCGGGACGUGCGCUCCUGGGCGGAAGUCUGCGCGGCGGCUCGCGAGAGGGAGUUCAAGAUCUUGGCUCGCGAUUCGGAGAAGGCGAGGAAGGGGCGGCGCGCUGCAGAGGCGGCGGGCGAGCCGGAGGUGGCGCCAUCGCCGGCGCCGCCGCCGGUGUUCAAGACGCUCAGGGAGAAGAAGGCGGCUCAGGCGUCAGCGGAGGGCUGGGCGGCGGAGGUGGCGAGGGCCGAGGAGCUCUACGAGGAGCUGCGCGAGCGCGCGCCCCAGCACUGCCGCCGUGGCGGCAAGUGGGCGCGCGAGAAGUUCGUGAUGGCGGUGCAGGGAGAGUUCCCGCGCGCGCGAGGGGCAGGCGUUCCCAAGGGGACGGUCCUGUGCCUCGGCAGGGUGCUCGACGCGCACGAUGAGCAGGAUGACGCGGAGGGUGGGCACCGGGACUGGGAGGAGGACCCGCUCGGGUUCGACACCAACCCGAUGCUGCUCCGCGCCAUGUGCAUGGCGUUCGAGUGA